AUGGACUCAAGGCUGCCUCUGACAAGACAACUAUGGAUUUGGUUCAGCAGUUCCCACCAGCCCCUGCCUGCCCCAGCAUCCACCUCGCCCAUCCGGAUACCUAGCUGAGUUAUACCGACUCGACUCGCCAUGCAGCAGGCCUCUUUCCUCCUCCUCCUCCUUCUCCUCGUUUUUCUCUUCCUUACCCUACAGGGUGCUGAGCCCCAAGACCCACUGAGUGUGGAGGCUGAAGAGGGGAGGAAUGCAGUGCUGCCAUGCCUGAUUGGCCCCAGGGAUGGACCCUUUGAGCCAAUCACCUGGUCUGGAGGAGGGCAGCUGUCCUCUUUGCCACAACUAACCCUAAAAGGCCCAGGGUUGGGGGCCCAGGUGACACCCUUGAACGCCUCCCUCUUCAUCUAUAACGUCUCAGCCAAUUCUGGGGGCUUCUACUUCUGUGAAUGGGGACCACUCACAAAGCAAGAGUCGAAGCUGAGGGCUGCUCUCAGUGUCAAGGGCAGUGGUGAACUCUUCCAGUGGAAUGCUAUCAGCCCAGAGGACUGUGGUCCCAGGAAGUCUUCCUCACCUGUGGCCCUGCCUUCUAACCCUAAGAGAUCCAAGGCCCAAACUGAUCCGUCCGCUCAACUAUAUGUAGGGGCUGAGGGCAAACCUGAGCAGUGGAAGCUCUUCAUUGCAUGUACUGACCAGAACCAAACAGAAAAUUAUAGGGAGCUGACUCUGGCCCCAGGAUCUCCUUUCUGGCUCUCCUGUGAACACCCUCCAUCUUCCCUGACCUCGAGUACCACAUCAUGGGUUCAUCGGCGCCCUGGGAAAAAUACUUCACUCCUGAGCCUGGAACUGAAAAAGGACCUCCCAGUCCGGGAGUUCUGGGUUAUAAGCACUCAAGGAGGAGGUGCCCUCCUAAUUCUGCCCCAGGCUGUUCCCCAGGAUGCUGGUUCCUACCUCUGUAAAAGUGGCAACCUCACCAUCAGCAUCGAGCUGAAAAUUGUCUCAUUUCCAGCAUGGCGCUGGCUUUUGGGGGCUGGAGGAUGGAAGAUUCCAGUUGUUACUCUGACCUAUGUAUCCUUCUGUCUGGGUACCCUGGUUGGAUUCCUCCAAAUUCAGAAAGCUCUGCUCUUACGGAGAAAAAGGAAGCGGAUGACUGAUCGCACGAGGAGGUUCUUCAAAGUGAUGUCUCCAGGGAAUGAGGCCCAGAGUCAGUAUGGGAAUGUGUUACCCCUGUCUGUGCCAAACCUUGGAAAUGUUCGGACCCUGAAAUGGACCCCUGGCUUUGGAGAAGCCACUCUACCCUUUGGGAACCCCUACCAAGGGACCCAGGAAACAGAAAUCUCUGGGCUCAAUAGUUCAGGGCAGGAAGAUCCAGAGGAGGAAGAAGGGGAAGGCUAUGAGGAGCCAGAUAGUGAAGGGGCUUCUGUAGCCUAUGAAAAUGGCCAGGACCAGAUCUCCCAAGAUGGUUGGGGCUAUGAAAACGAAGAGAAAGGAAUCUCAGCUGCAGAAGAAAUGGAAGAUGAUUCUUUCUCCACUGCCGAGUCUUAUGAGAAUGAGAACAAGGAAAUGGUCCCACCAGUCUACACAUCAACAGGCUUCCUGCUCCCCAGAGGACCUGUUUGGGACACCUGCCGGGAGGCUUCUUCACUUGGGUCUCAGUCUUAUGAAGACAUGAGAGGGAUCCUAUAUGCUGCCCCUCAACUCCGGAAUGUUCAUCCGCAGCCUGGUCUAAGCCAGGAGGAAGAUGGUGACUCCUACGAGAAUAUGGAAAAUCCAGAAGAGGCAGGUCCAGGAUGGGAGGCAGGGGGUUGGGCCCCUACCUGGAACAACAGGUGA